CUCUGUGUCCAAAACAGGUUACUACAGCGCUGUUGGCCAUGCGCACAUCGAGCCAGCUCCAAAGGCUGCUCUGACAGUAGCGCAUGGGAAGCGCGAUGAGAAUAUCAAGUAGGUGCCACCCCAUGGCUCAGCCUCAGCACCAGCGCCGGACUGAGUUCACAUUUGCGCACUCUCCAAACUUAGCCUGGGACCUCAGCGUACGAACGGGGUUUGAAGGUGGAGGAACUGCCUAGAAUGUCAGCUCUGAAAAAGGUGUUGCCAGGCAUACUGCAGAAGCAUUGCUGUAUCAUACCAGACAGGAACACAGACCAGCAGUAUUCAUGGUCGCCCUCGCAGUACUUCGAUGAGGACACCUGCUCCACUCCUCCCAGGACCAUGAAGGGACUCUCCGGAGGCCCGCCCCGCCCAGCUGCAGCUCGCCUCCCCCGCGUCGGCCCAACGUGCGGCCUGGCCGACUGCGAGCGCUCCCUGGACCACCACCUCCACCACGGGGAGUCCCGCUCGCCCUCCUACCUCCUCGGCCCCACGGAGAGCUGCCCCCUGGACGGCCACCACCGCUGCUCCCCGCGGAGCUCCAUCCACUCCGAGUGCAUGGCGAUGCCCUCCUCCAUGUCCAACGCCGACCACUCCCUCUCCAGCAGCACCUUCCCCCGCAUGCACUACGGCGGCGGCGGCACGCGGGACGCCGGCGGCGCCAGCAGGGAGUGCCGGGACGAGAUGGGGCGGGCGGCGGCGGCGGUGGUGGUUGUGGGGGUGGAGGCGGCGGAGGCGGCGGCGGCGGCGGCGGCGGGCUCCUCGCACGGCGGCAGCGGCAAAUCCAACCAUCCGGCCAACCUGCUGGACCAGUUCGAGAAGCAGAUGCCCGUGCACCGCGGCGACGGCUUCCACACGCUGCAGUACCAGCGCACCACCACCACCACCACCACCACCGCCACCGAGCCGCGCAACGAGAGCCCCGGACGCAUCCGCCACCUGGUGCACUCGGUGCAGCGGCUCUUCACCAAGUCCCACUCGCUGGAGGGCUCGUCCAAGAUGAACGGCACCAAGGGCGACUCCCAGAGGGGCGAGGGCUCCAACCACCACCACCACCACCAGCACCAGCACGGCCACCACAAACACAGCAAGCGCAGCAAGAGCAAGAGAGCGCAAGGCCGGCGACGCAAGCAGCGCUCGGGCGGCUGGUGGAGCUCGGACGACAACCUGGACAGCGACAGCACGUACCGGACGCCCAGCGUCAUGUCCCGCCACCCCCUGGAGCACAUGGGCCACUGCUACCCCCUGGACACCAUGCAGGCCCACCUGGCCGGGGACCACCUGUCCCUCAAGACGUCCAAGAGCAACAACGACGUCAAGUGCUCGGCGUGCGACAGCGUGGCCAUGGCGCCCGAGGGGAAGUUCAUGAAGCGGAGCUCCUGGUCCACGCUGACCGUCAGCCAGGCCAAGGAGGCCUACAGGAAGUCGAGUCUCAACCUGGAGAAGCCCAUGACGCCGACGGACCUCAAGCCCAACAUCAGGCCCUGUCACUUCCUGCAGGUGCCCCAGGACGAGUGGGGUGGCUACCCGGACGGGGGUAAGGACGAUGAGAUCCCCUGCCGGCGGAUGCGGAGCAGCAGCUACGUCAAGGCCAUGGGGGACGAGGAGAGCGGCGACUCGGACUCCAGCCCCAAGACCUCGCCCCAGAAGGCGGUCCAGAACUCCCUCAGGCCCCGGGAGCUGCUGGACUCCCAGAGCUCGUACCGCGUGGAUAAAAUGAACAGCGACAUGCGUAACUACAUCACCAAUUUCGCUGCAGACUUAAGGUGA